AUGUCGCAGGUAGAAGCAUCACAACAGGAAGACGACGGUCCUAUCUACUGUGCCGAACAAAUCCGCAUACCUCCAGAACUACCAGAUCUACUGAAAUCAUUCACAAAGCACAUCAUAAGAACCCAACCUGGUAAUCUGUUGGCGGCAUCAGCUGAAUAUUUUCAACGGCUGUCCAAAGUCAAGACCGAUGAUGCAAGUGGGAACGGUGCUCAGGCUGCUAAUCCGGCCCCUAGUGCUACUUUAAGUAAGAUUCAUUUGGAGGCGUUCUAUCAGAAGUUCGCUAAUGGAAAUGUAGAGGUUGUAUCUAAACGAGAAAUUGAAAAUGCUGCACGUGGUGCAAAUAUUGCUGCUGAUGCUGUUCGUGAUGUUAUGCUGCUCGGAGAAUGGACGGAGCGAGUCCCAUGGCUUAAAUUCUGGGCAUUGCUAGCCGCAUCAACAACAAACACUUUGGACGCUGCUGUAUUUGUUGCGGCUGAGGUUUUAGCUGAUCAAGGACGAGUUCCAACUGCCAUCAUUGUAGAAGUGCUGUCAUUCCUGGGUCAGAGAGAUCCCGAUGUUGGGAUAGGUCAAGCCGAUAUUGCUGCUGAGAAUAUUCUUGCUGUUGGGACUGAAAUCCAAUUAGACGAACUGCGACAGAUUUUGGAACGGGAUGCUGUACCUGCUCCGUUUGAUGCUGGCGAGGACGAGCAACAGGAGCAAGAAGAGGACCCAGAAGCAGAACAAGAGCAAGAGCAGGAACAGGAGCCAGAAGAAGAAGCUGAACCAACUGACGAGGCAUAA